CCCAGUAGUGUCAAGAUCCUCGACCGAUACAGAGGAAUGGCAAGAGGACAACUCACUGGAGGCCACAGGAGCUUUGUAAAGCCAGCGGGACACAACGUGUGGAGAGAUGACCAACCCAUAGCUAUAGAUGGGAGUGGAACCUCAACCCAGCAUGUUAUCGUGAUAGAGUCUGCAUAUGCAGAGGCUGCAGGUCCUGGGGUCAAGCAGGAGAGGUCUGAAGGAGAGGAGGACCCACAGCACAGCAGAGACAUCCAGACUGGAGCAGCGGCUGGAGCAGCGCCCCCUGUAGUUAGGAAAGACCUCGCCGCCGCACCCCAGGCCAGUACCAGACGCAGCAUCACAGAGGAGGGGGAGGGUCCAGAGAUGCUGCUGGUGAAGGAGGAGGGGUGUGAGGAGGGUCUGGGGAACCCUGAGGGGACCAUGGUCAUGGAGGACAACCAGACUACACCUCCUCCGGAACCCACAGAGGAACCAGCUGAGCAGCACAGGACCACACAGAGUCUCACUGAGUCAGUAGACAUGGAGGAUGGGAAACCUGAUCUGCUGCUGGUCAAAGAUGAGACAAUAGAAGAUGGACCAGAGAGCAUUGACCUGCUGAGUGGACUAAAGAUGGGGGAGCAAGGUGGUUGGCUGGAGGAUAACAGAGGAGACUGGGCGGCCAUCUUGGAUUCCCAGACCCAGAAGGGUGCAGCCAAUGGCCAAGCGGAGGUCAGUGGAUGGGACAGCGUCCUCAUCUCUGGGCUGGGGAACAACACUGUUAACCACAACCAGAAACAGACAGUCAAAAACAAAACAACAUCCAAACUUAGUCUCCAUGACAACAGACUGGCUGAGACCAGGACGAGGUUUAGAUUUGGUCUGCGGGGACGGGGAGGUGUCCGUAUGCGGCAGGAGAGAACAGACACAGACUCUGCUAGCGAAGCUCCGUCCUGCUCCUAUAGUUGUGAUUCAGAGAGACUGAUGGCGUCUCAGAUUAACCCCCUAACAGGUGCUGCCUUCAGCCUGCCUUCUAUAGGAUCUAUCAACUGGAACAUGGACCCUGGGAGAACACAGACACUCCCUGGCCUUCAUCCUGACAUUCCCCUAAUGUUAAAUCAGACCUCAGACAAUGCCAGUGCCUCAACACUAAAUGGAUACACAAGCCCGGUGACAAAUGACAGUAGUAGUAGUAACGCUAUCAGUAGAUCCAGUGGCGAAGAGAAGUGCUUCCCAUGUUUAUUCUGUGGGAAAGCCUUCAGUUUCCCCAAACAGGUGGAGAUCCACCAGAGGAUGCACACGGGUGAGAAACCCUUCAGCUGCCACCUUUGCCAGGCCAGUUUUUCACACUCAUCCAGUCUGAAGAGGCACCAGAGGAUGCACACCGGGGAGAAACCAUUUGGCUGCCACCUGUGCCGGGCCAGUUUUUCCCACUCAUUCAACCUGAAGAGGCACCAAAGGGUACACACAGGGGAGAAACCGUACAGCUGCCCCCAGUGUGAGAAGAGGUUCUCCCACCAGCAUCGGCUGAAGAUGCACCUGAAGGUCCACACAGGAGAGAGUCCGUUUGCCUGUACGCAGUGCGGGAAGAGGUUCUCAGAGAGGAGCUGCCUCAUGAUACACCAGCAGAAAAUGCACACGGCCCAUGUAUAGAGUAUAGUGACAUCACCAUCUAACUGAGCAGCAGCAGUUAGGGAGAGCUAUUCAUACAAUUGUAUUAUUUUUGUUCAAUUAUUUUGUAUUUUGUUUAAAUGUAGUGCUGUGUUCUCCACAUCUGGAGAUAUUAGUAGAUGUUUUUCCUUUGAGAACAUUGUUUGAUUUUGAGAUUUUGAGAGAGAUUGAUCAACCUGGCUCUAAAGGCUAGCUAGUCUACUAAGUCAUCUUGAUCAUCUGGCAAGAAGCAAUAAGGGCAGGAUUGAGGGACUAGGGCAUCAGGACAAUGAGAAGAACGAUGAGGAGAAAUAGAGGAUAAAACCAACAGAAAAAAGGAAUUGAUUUGGAGUAUUUCUAAAGGAAAGACUGUACAAGGCAUUGGAAAGUCAACAAACAAACAAAAACACACACAAAGGAGAGGUAGGAUAUCAUAGAUAUCCCUAAAACACUUCAGUGAGCAGGCCUUUCUAAUCGAUCUGGCCCGGGUAUCCUGGAAGGAUAUUGACCUC